UGUAGGUGCAGCGCAGCCCAGUGGAGGUACCUGCCAGCGUUGUCAGUGCUACUAUUCCGUGGGUGCCCCGAAAAUCUCACGUCCAAAGUGGCUAAGAGCGUAAGUCCCCGUCGUGCGCACCAGGAGUGCUCCAGCGGGGUGGACGGUGUGCAGGUGCAGCAGCAGGAGAGACGAACACCGAGGCGCAUGCCUUACCUGGGGCCUGACAUGACAACCCGGCUAUCCGCCAUGUUCUACACGGUCGAGGUCGGGGACACCAAGUUCACCAUCCUGAAGCGCUACCAAAACCUCAAGCCUAUCGGAUCGGGUGCGCAGGGGAUAGUCUGCGCGGCAUACGAUACCGUCACUGCACAAAAUGUGGCGAUCAAGAAGCUAUCCAGACCUUUUCAAAACGUGACACACGCGAAAAGGGCCUACAGAGAGUUCAAACUCAUGAAGUUGGUCAAUCACAAAAACAUAAUCGGUCUCCUGAACGCGUUCACGCCGCAACGGUCGCUGGAUGAGUUUCAAGACGUGUAUCUAGUGAUGGAACUCAUGGACGCUAACCUAUGCCAAGUAAUCCAGAUGGAUUUGGACCACGAGCGUAUGUCGUAUCUCCUCUAUCAGAUGCUGUGCGGCAUCAAGCACUUGCACUCCGCCGGCAUUAUCCACAGGGAUCUAAAGCCAAGCAAUAUUGUCGUAAAAUCUGACUGUACGCUAAAGAUUCUCGACUUUGGCUUGGCGAGGACCGCCGGUACCACAUUUAUGAUGACGCCCUACGUCGUCACGCGAUAUUAUCGGGCGCCGGAGGUAAUUCUGGGCAUGGGUUACAAAGAGAAUGUGGACAUCUGGUCGGUGGGGUGCAUCAUGGGUGAGAUGAUACGCGGUGGCGUACUGUUUCCGGGCACGGAUCACAUUGACCAGUGGAACAAAAUAAUCGAACAACUUGGAACACCGGCACAAGAAUUCAUGCAACGACUACAGCCAACCGUCAGGAAUUACGUAGAGAACAGGCCACGAUAUCCAGGUUAUCCCUUCGAGAGGCUAUUUCCGGAUGUCCUAUUCCCCUCGGACUCCUCAGAACACAAUAGAUUAAAAGCGAGCCAAGCCAGGGAUCUAUUAUCGCGCAUGCUCGUGAUCGACCCGGAGCGACGCAUUUCCGUGGACGAGGCGUUGCUGCACAAUUACAUAAACGUCUGGUACGAUGAGGGGGAAGUCAAUGCUCCUGCACCAGGUCCAUACGACCAUAGCGUGGACGAGAGGGAACACACGGUGGACCAGUGGAAGGAGCUGAUCUACCAAGAGGUGAUGGAGUAUGAAACAAGCCACAAUCCCGUGGCAGUUGCUCAGUCGUCAGAAAGUGCUGGGACUCGGUAG